AUGUUGUUCAGGCCCGUUGUUAUAUCCCCAUCUGUUGGGUUUAGAGCGAUUGGAUCUGCGACCAUUUUGCGUAGAUCUCUUUCCCUCAAACCGAAUCUCAAUAAAUUUAAAAUUGUGCCACCUCCUCCAGGCGGUGUUGAAGGUGAUGUGAACGAGGCCUUCAAACAUCCAGAAACAAAUUAUCUUGAGGGCUCAUACCAUUGGUACUAUGAGCGAAUUUCCGCUGGUUGUCUCAUACCAUUGGUGGCAGUUCCUCUGUACGGAGCACUAUCUGGAACUGCAAUUCAGUAUCCUAUAUUAGAUGCACUACUUUGCAGCACGUUACUUAUUCAUGUUCAAUUGGGGUUGACAAGCUGUAUUAUAGAUUACAUUCCAAAACGGAAGUUCGGGAUAUGGCAUAACUUGGCAAUGUAUUCGUUGUACGCAGGGACUGCAGUUGGCUUGUAUGGGAUAUAUGAGCUAGAAACGAAUAACAGCGGUAUUACGGGUUUACUAACGGGUCUAUGGAUCGAUGGGGAAACCAAUCUUUAUAUUUUUGGAAAACGUUAA